CCCUGCUGGGUGCGCCAACCUCAUUAUCACAAUGGCUGACUGUUUAAUAAAGAGGGAGAAGGUCCUUUUGUUGGCUUGAGAUACCUGGAGAGUGUAUUGCAGCAGGAGUAACAGCAGCUUCUUCCUGCCUACCCACAGGGAUUUUUUUUUACCAUCAUGGGUGCUGGUAAUGUGCUCUGGCAGGAAUGAGGACUAACAGGCACCCAUUUACCCUGUGAAAGAUACACACUUCCCUUCCUCUGGAGCUGCUAUAUAGAAGCUUUAAAAUAGACUUAAUGGAUUUCCCUGCAAUCCCUACUGACUGGGUUGCAGACCAAAAUGGGUGAUGUUGAAAAAGGCAAGAAGCUCUUUGUUCAGAAAUGCUCUCAGUGCCACACAGUUGAAAAAGGGGGGCCGCAUAAGACUGGCCCAAAUCUUUGGGGUCUGUUUGGUCGCAAAACAGGACAAGCUGCAGGAUUCUCUUACUCAGAUUCAAACAAGAACAAAGGUGUUGUUUGGAAUGAAAAUACACUGAUGGAGUAUUUGGAGAACCCUAAGAAAUAUAUUCCUGGAACUAAAAUGAUUUUUGCUGGCAUUAAAAAGAAGAAUGAGAGAGCAGAUGUUACUGCAUACUUGAAAAAGGCAACAUCUUCAUGACGUGUUCUUACAACUACUGUGAUGUCAGAAAGUGUUUCAAAAUCUGAAUCUCUCUUGUAUCAGUAUUCAUGUUUCAGUAGUCUGUUAAUAUUUGUUUAUUAGGUACUGGUCUUAGCAUCUGAAAAUAUAAGUCUUUAUUUGAUUUUUGCUAAGCCUACUACCAAAACAAAAUAAGGGUGAGCACUAUGUAAACUAUUUCUAUGAUGGUAAAGGUGGGUAUGGCUCCAUACAGGUAUUUCAAAAGAAAAAUACUGUUCCCUUUUCCAAGAAGCUUCCAACUGAAGGGUCCAGUCCUGCAUACACUGGUAUAUAUCUGGAAUUAUACAUACAUAUAACUUUACAUUGAAAUCAAUGUGACUGUUCAAGUUAGUACAGUUACUCACACGUGUAAGUGGUUGUAGCAAUGGACCCUAAUACGUCUUCCUUGAAGAUUUACUUAGGCAAAAUUCUCAACAAAAUCAGUGGGGGCUCAGCAUUUUGCAGGAUUCAGCCCUAACUUAAAAGAGCAAGGGUUGACAAACAAUGGAACUGAGCUAUGGAGAAAAAGCCAGUCAGCUUUGUAUCAAGAUGUUAGUAUAAAAGUGAAGCUCAAGGGAUUGGAACAGCUACAGUUUCAAAUUUCAAUUUCAAAACUUUAGCUCACUCCUUGUAUUAGCAUUUCUUUAUGUGUUAAAAGGACAAACUGUCGACCAAUCAGCAGUCUCUUCAUUACAGUUAUAGUUUUUUUCACUCCAUGUGUUCACUCCAUGAGUCAAAUAUAUUAAGGUAUCCAGCCCCCUUCCUGUAAAGAAACAAACAAGGUCUGACAUAGCUCAAAUGAUGUUAAUAACAGCAGGAAUACUUUCACCUUUAGUUCAUACUCACGACUGUUCUGGUAGCCUAUAUAUAAUAUAAUGGUUUAGCGUGGGGAGGACAGGAUUACUACAUGAGCCGAUACCUUACUUGGGUAUUUUAGAGAAUUCAAGAAUUAUGUGUUCAUGGAAACUGAUCUUCCUUUCUCACUUCAUUAAGGCACUUCAGGCUCAGGCUGUGAGGGUCUCAUUUAUGCUGUACCAUACCUAUUCUAGGGCUAUAAAUCUUGCACAUUUCAAAUGGUGAACCUUGAAAAUGCGGUUGGAGUGGGGAUUGAGGAAAUUAACAGUAGAGCGUACAUCUUAAUAGUGAAAUCUGAAUUUAUGUUAUAUCUUUUUAUUAGACAGACUGCUUAGCUGUACUGCUGAGAGUACUGAGUCUUCCCAGGGUUCUGUAAAUACUGAGGUGUUAACUUACAUUAUUGUUAAAGGCAGUACUUUCAUGUGUUUGGCCAUUGAUGAUUUGUGCAGAAUAUAUCCCAAUAAAAUUAAAGAUGUUAGUAAAAAGAAAACUUAUAAAAUAUAUUGAACAUCUGAAUUUAAUUUUAAAUCCUUUCAUUUUUUACAAUACUAGUUAAGCACUACAGUGUAACCAUCAUAUAUAUAUUAAGUACUACAAUGAUUGAUGCUAGAGAAAAACCACCUUGGUGGGUAUCUCAAACUUUUCCAUAGCCUCCCCAUCAUGAUCCCCAUCCCUCUUAACCAUAUGGAAAAGGUAGCAUCAUUUUAAUCCCCUGGCAUUAUGACCCAGAGGUUGAGAAUUCACAUCUUAAAAUUUGUAGGGUAGGUUGUCUGCAGGUUCUGGCAGGUAUCACUGAAGCAGUUUAGGAUCCGUUCACAUUUCCAAGGUCAGCUUCACAAUCACAAGAGCUAGAAAGGGAGGGGAAAGGCAGAUGGUUGCAACCCUCCUGAAACCUUUUUGACUCUUUCCCUCCAGCACCCAGGUUGUGACUCACAGGUUAAGAACACUUGCCUUAGACAAUUAAACAAAUUAAAAUUUACUUCAGCAUGAUUGAGGUCAACCUUAGUUGAAUGAAGAAAGCACCAAUACAAUUCCCAUUUAUCGAUAUAGCACCAAUCAGGUAUAUAGGUAUUGCUCAUAAUCCCUACAUUGUUCUAGCACUUAGCAACCAAGCCUUGUAAUGCUCCUUUGAGGCGGGUAAGUAUUAUAAUUCACAUUUUAAGGAAGGAGUAAUUGAGGCCCCAAACAGUUAAGUGACAUAGUCAAGAGUAUAAGUCUGUGCACAGCUGGAACUAGAACCCAGGUUUUGCUCCCAUACCUGUUCUUUUAGCUACAGACAAACAAUCCUUCCUCUCAGUUUACAGGUAAGAACACGUUGCAUUAAUUGUGUUAGACUCUACUAUUAAAAUAAUGCAGCCACCUGUAGUUUGGAGUGACAAUUUGAUUAAGGGUCUGUAAUUUUUCUAAGUCACACUUUAAAACUUGCCUGGAACAGCACUAUGUCACUUGUCCUCCAGAAGCUGGCAGUGUUAGGACUUGAUCCUGCUUCUGCUAAAUACAGGGAGAAUUCUGCUUUUGAUGCAAACAGAAGUAUGAGUAGGCCUUCCAAGAACACUAUGAGGGUCAGACUUCUGCGAACUUGCCUCAUCUCUGACCCAACUUUUUCAUCUGUAAUAGAAGGUAAUAUUUACUCUUACUCCAAAAAAAGUGUUGUGAGAUUAAUGUUUGUACAUCACUUUGAAGCUGCAAUAAUGAUAUAAAAUGAACAUGGCACACGUCAAUCCUAACAGACAACAGCAGUUAUCCCACAAUGCCCCAUUCUGUGAGACGGUGACUGCUCUGGCCACAAUUGAGGAUUCCACUGCCCAGGGGUCAUGGAGAACAGAAGCCAUUUCCCAUUUAAAACUCCACGCGUGUUUUUGAAAUGCCUUUUCCUGACUGCCACCUUGGCAAGCACACCUAGCAGCUCUCCCUUCUUGUGUGCAAUUGCCCAACUGACCAUGUUGGCUCCCGGCACUAGAGGCACUCCUUCCUGGAGUAUACAGGAAGCAUUGGAUUUCCUGGGCCUGUGAGGAGAAGAGGCUCUACAGACCAGCUGCAGAAACAAACAUCUGCAAACAGAUUGCACAGGUGAUGCAGACAAAGGGGUAAGAAAGGGACCAGCAGCAGUGCCCCAGGAAAGCGAAGGAACUGCGGCAGGCAUACCACAGGGACAGUGAGGCCAACAAUAGAUCUGGUGCUGAGCCACAGAGACCUAUCACUUUUAUAAUGAGCUUCAUGCCAAACUUGGCAGAGACUCUACUAGCACCUUACAAACCACUGUGGAUAUCUUGGAGGAGGAUGAGACUGAGACCCUUGCUGUGAACAGUAAAGAGAAGGAGGUGGAAAAGGAGGAGGGAGACAUGGCGGGAGGGGAUAGUCCAGCCAUGCCAUGAGCCAGGACCUGUUUGAGACUACACCACAGUCUAGCCAGUCCCACCAGCUGAGCAUGGACAAGCCCAGUAAAGGGGAAGGGACCUUGGCAGCUGCCACUGCAGCCUUGAGGGGUGCUCUCUCCAUACCCACAGAAUGCCUGACUUGAGGAGGAGGAGGAGAAAGAAGAGGACUAGGGAGGACAUGUUCAGCAAGAUACUGGAAGCCAGUGCUGGAUUGGACCACAAACAAAAGCCUGGAGGGCCAACAUGGCAAAAAAACAUGGAGAAAAAAAGAACAGACAGGAGAAAUGCCCAGGAGUCCCAGCAAGAAAAGGAGAGGGAGAUGCACCAGGACAUAAUGGGUUUCCUCAGGCAGCAGAUCGAAACGCUGCAGACCCUCAUUGACCUACAUAUCCAAAAAUCCUGGACUCCCCGUCCUUUUCAGUCCUUAGAGAACUCCAUGGUACCACCUCGCUUCGUCCUCCCUCCCCCCACAUACCAUGUGGCAUCACAGGCAACAUCCUUACCCCUACUAGUCCCCCCCAUGGGACAGCAAGGAAAACCAUAGCUUCACAUACAUUGACCUGUGAGAACCACGGUUGAUGUAUAUGUAGCCACAAGGAACCACAUUUGAGCACUGAAAUGUUUGCUGCCUUUCCAAUUUUAAAAUUCUGUUCCAUUAAUCUGUGUUAAAAGUUUGUAUUUUAUUGCCUGUGGGUUUUUACACCU